GCGGCGUCGCCGCCGAUGGCGCUGAGGCGGAGCAUGGGGCGGCCGGGGCUCCCGCCGCUGCCGCUGCCGCCGCCGCCGCCGCCGCCGCCGCUGCUGCUCCUGGCGGGUCUGGCCGCUCUGCUGCUCGCGGAGCCCGCGGCCGCAGGCCUGAAGCUCAUGGGAGCCCCGGUGAAGCUGACAGUGUCUCAGGGGCAGCCGGUGAAGCUCAACUGCAGUGUGGAGGGAAUGGAGGAGCCGGAGAUACAGUGGGUGAAGGAUGGGGCUGUGGUCCAGAGUGUGGAUCAGGUGUACAUCCCAGUCAGUGAGCAGCACUGGAUUGGCUUCCUCAGCCUAAAGUCAGUGGAGCGCUCUGAUGCAGGCCGGUACUGGUGCCAGGUGGAGGAUGGGGGUGAAAUGGAGACCUCCCAGCCAGUGUGGCUCACGGUAGAAGGUGUGCCAUUUUUCACCGUGGAGCCAAAAGAUCUGGCAGUGCCACCCAAUGCCCCUUUCCAACUGUCUUGUGAGGCUGUGGGUCCCCCCGAUCCUGUUACCAUUGUGUGGUGGAGAGGAGGCACGAAGGUUGGGGGACCCGCCCCCUCUCCUUCUGUUUUAAAUGUAACAGGGGUGACCCAGAGCACGGUGUUCUCCUGCGAAGCUCACAACCUUAAAGGCCUGGCCUCUUCUCGCCCAGCCACCGUUCGCCUUCAAGCACUGCCUGCAGCCCCCUUCAACAUCACAGUGACAAAGCUCUCCAGCAGCAAUGCUAGCGUGGCCUGGACGCCAGGUGCUGAUGGCCGGGCCCUGCUCCAGUCCUGUACAGUCCAGGUGACACAAGCUCCAGGAGGCUGGGAGGUCCUGGCUGUGGUGGUCCCCGUGCCACCUUUUACCUGCCUCCUCCGGGACCUGGCACCUGCCACCAACUACAGCCUCAGGGUACGCUGUGCCAAUGCCUUGGGGCCUUCUCCAUAUGCUGACUGGGUGCCCUUUCGGACAAAGGGCCUAGCCCCAACCAGCGCUCCCCAGAACCUCCAUGCCAUCCGCACAGACUCAGGCCUCAUCCUGGAGUGGGAAGAAGUGAUCCCUGAGGGCCCUUUGGAAGGCCCCCUGGGACCUUAUAAAUUGUCCUGGGUUCAAGACAACGGAACCCAGGGUGAGCUGACAGUGGAGGGGACCAGGGCCAACUUGACAGGCUGGGACCCGCAGAAGGACCUGACUGUGCGUGUGUGCAUCUCCAGUGCGGUUGGCUGUGGGCCCUGGAGUCAGCCACUGGUGGUUCCUUCGCAUGACCAUGCAGGCCAACAGGGUCCUCCCCACAGCCGCACAUCCUGGGUGCCUGUGGUCCUGGGUGUGCUGACAGCCUUGGUGACAGCCGCGGCCUUGGCCCUCAUCCUGCUUCGAAAGAGGAGGAAGGAGACACGGUUCGGGCAAGCCUUUGACAGUGUCAUGGCCCGGGGGGAGCCAGCCGUUCACUUCCGGGCAGCCCGGUCCUUCAAUCGAGAGCGGCCUGAGCGCAUUGAGGCCACGUUGGACAGCUUGGGCAUCAGCGAUGAGCUCAAGGACAAGUUGGAGGACGUGCUCAUCCCUGAACAGCAGUUCACCCUGGGCCGGAUGUUGGGCAAAGGAGAGUUCGGUUCAGUGCGGGAGGCCCAGCUGAAGCAGGAGGAUGGCUCCUUUGUGAAAGUGGCCGUCAAGAUGCUGAAAGCUGACAUCAUUGCUUCAAGUGACAUUGAAGAGUUCCUCAGGGAAGCGGCUUGCAUGAAGGAAUUUGACCACCCACACGUGGCCAAGCUUGUUGGGGUGAGCCUCCGCAGCAGGGCCAAAGGCCGUCUCCCCAUCCCUAUGGUCAUUUUGCCCUUCAUGAAGCACGGGGACCUGCACGCCUUCCUGCUCGCCUCCCGGAUUGGGGAGAAUCCCUUUAACCUGCCCCUGCAGACCUUGGUCCGGUUCAUGGUGGACAUCGCCUGUGGCAUGGAGUACCUGAGCUCCCGGAACUUCAUCCACCGAGACCUGGCUGCUCGGAAUUGCAUGCUGGCAGAGGACAUGACGGUGUGCGUCGCCGAUUUCGGGCUCUCCCGGAAGAUCUACAGCGGGGAUUACUAUCGCCAGGGCUGUGCCUCCAAAUUGCCUGUCAAGUGGCUGGCCCUGGAGAGCCUGGCUGACAACCUGUAUACUGUGCACAGUGACGUGUGGGCCUUCGGGGUGACCAUGUGGGAGAUCAUGACUCGCGGGCAGACGCCGUACGCUGGCAUUGAGAAUGCUGAGAUUUACAACUACCUCAUCAGCGGAAACCGCCUGAAACAGCCUCCAGACUGUAUAGAGGAUGUGUAUGAGCUCAUGUACCAGUGCUGGAGCGCCGACCCCAAGCAGCGGCCGAGCUUCACAUGCCUGCGGAUGGAGCUGGAAAGCAUCCUGGGCCACCUGUCCGUGCUGUCCACUAGCCAGGACCCCUUGUACAUCAACUUGGAGAGAGCCGAGGAGCCGGCCGAGGGAGGCCCCCUGGAGCUGCCUGGCGGGGACCAGGCCAGCAGCGGGGCUGGGAAUGGCAGUGGUGUGGGGGCAGUGGGGGGCACCCCCAGUAGUGACUGUCGGUACAUCCUCAGCCCUGGGGGGCUGGCUGAGCGGCCCAGGCAGGAGGAGCAGCAGCCGGAAAGCCCCGUGGGUGAGGCCCAGAGGCUGCUGCUGCUGCAACAAGGGCUACUGCCCCACAGUAGCUGUUAGCCCACAGGUGUCCGGGGCCAUCCUGCUGGCCGAUGAAGCCGCGGCUGACCCUAGCCCAGGCAGCAUGGCGUGGAGGCUCCUGUGGUAGUCCUCCCAAGCUGCGCUGGAAGCCUGGACUGACCAAAUGGCCCAAUCCCAGUUCUUCCUGCGGCCACUCUGGCCUGCCUGGCAUCAGUUCAGGCCUUGGCUGGGUGGAGGUGGGCCAGGCCUGGUUGCCUAAACCCAGGCAGCUGGCGGGAGGGGGUGGUUAUGUUUCCAUGGUUACCAUGGGUGUGGAGAGGAGUUGGGGGAGGGUAGAUCCAGCCCUCUGGGCCCCUACUCUCUGGCCCAGCAGCCCCUGCUGCUUCAGUGCAUGCAUUGAGGUGUCUCUGACCGCCCCCCACCGGGGGCCCAGCCCUGCCUGUGCUUGGGGUUCAAGUGUGCGGGUUGUUUCUGCGCACAGAGAGAUGCCCUUGUGUUAUGCUCCUGUAGGUGAGAGUUGGUAAGGGUUUGAUGCAUUCAGGUCCCAAGUGCUGUUGUAGGAGGCAGUGGGGCACUCUCAGUUCUGAGUCUGCGUCCCCUUCCUGAUGACCCAUCCCGCCUAGGCCAGGAGUCAUGUGCAGCUGACCAGGUCACAGCAAGGCAUGCUGAAUUUCUGCAGGCUACUGUUUGCCCAGCCUGUAAAGGUAGUCCACCCAGCCCGGCAAGAGGAAGGGGUGCUGUAGGCCCUGCCCAGGAACGCGUGAGGCCAGAGAGGAGUCCCGGGGCCCCUCUUUACGCCCUCCCACAGUCUGUCUGAGCAUGCUACCAAAUCCCAAAAUAUCCUAAGACUAACAAAGGCAGCUGUGUCUGAGCUCAAUCCUUCCACGCAGCAUCCCUUAGUCCCAAUUUUCCCUCUCACUGGAGACCCUCUUCUGUCCCAAGUCUCCAGAUACAGAGAGAAUAUAGGCCUGAUGGCUGGUGUGGGUGAGAGGGAGUUACUGGAGCCUAGACCCCAGUCCUGGCUAGGGGAGCCCCCGGAUUGCAUGGGGCAGGCCCCUGCUGUUAGGGAUAUUUCCAAGCCGUUAGAAGCUAUUUAAAAACAGAAAUAAAAUUGAGAGCUAAAGACCCAAGGCUUUGUCUCUUAACUGUUUACUUUUUUCCAGAUCGCAAUAAUGAAGCAUCUCUGCGUAGAGAAAAAUCUGGAAAGACAUAUGCCAAAAUGUUAACAGCUGUUAU